CAACAAAGCCCAACCCAAACCCAAACCCAAACCCAAAACCCAGCCCUCCCUAACCAUAUCCCCAACCAGAAAUGCACAAGAUUCUCUAACUCUAGAGAGAGAGAGUCUCACUCUCUCCCAUGGCGACCUCGCUUCUCUCUCCUCCAUCCGCUCCACCCGCCGCGGCCUUCCGUUCCCCUUUCCUCCACGUUUCCAAGCUCUUCUUCGCGUCAUCCCCCUCAUCCACCGCCGCCUCUCGGAGAUGUCGUCUCCGUCCUCCGAUGGCGUCGGCCGAGGAUCCCAUCAACGAGAAACCGACGGAUGAUGACAAGAAAUCCUUUGAAAAACUUUAUGGCCUUUCUCCUAAACAGUUGAACAUGUUCAUCAGUAGACAAAAAUAUGCCGCCAAACAGCCCGAAAACAUCUCACAGCUUGACAAUUUUGUCAAUCAUUCUGGAAUGGCGAUUGCAUCAAGCAUGAGUGACAGAGGACCUCCAAACAAAAUCAUGAAUACCGCUGGGUCUAAUGAACCUUGGCCUCCAAUAGCAAGGGGUUGGGGACGCGUAAAAUCUAAGGGAAGGCUCAUGCCUGAAGCACCUGAUUUGAUGUCACAUUUUUUUAUGAAACGAGUUAUCUACGUGGGGGAUAUAUCGAGAGAAGAAACUGAGCAUAUAAUUGCUCAGUUGUGGUGGUUGGAUAAUUAUCAAAGGAAGCCUAUAUAUAUGUAUCUACUUUCAGAGGGCGAGGAUGAAGACGACAUUGAGUAUGACGACGAGGAGCAACCUGGUUGGGCCGGGUCUGAUUUAGACGGAUUAGCCAUUGCUAACUUCAUGAUGACGCGCAAAUCGGAAAUCAUUACCAUCAAUAUGGGUAUGGCGGAUGGUAUUGCAGCAUUGCUUUUAUCUCUUGGAGUCAAGGGUCGCCGUGGCAUUCAACGACACGCUCGCACAACGUUGCGUCUGCCUGGAGUCAACAGGUCAAGUGGGCUUGCCACGGACAUUUGGGAAACGGGUAAAGUAGUUGAUUCAUCCAUGGAAAUUUUCCUAGAGCUGUUAUCAAGAGGAACUGGGAAGCCAAUGAUGGAGCUUUACAGAGACCUACAUGAGCCAAAAGUAUUCACUGCAAAAGAGGCAAUUGACUAUGGGCUUGCAGACAAGAUAGUGGCAGCGCCGGACAGCCUUGCAGACCCUCCUAAAAAGAAGAGUCCGGAGGUAAGGAAAGAAAAGCUUGCAGCACGAUUAGGUCGAUUAGCAAAAUUCCAAGCCAAAACUGUACCUUGAGGUGAAUCUUGUUCUUUUGCCAUCACUCCUUUAUAUUUGCACAAUAGGGGGGAGCUGGUGGGGUUAUAUGCUGUGGUGCACUUCGGAAGUUUGUCAUGUUAAAUGAUGUGUACGCGGGGAGUCUGAGAGGAUGAUACGUUUUGUAUUCCUGCAAUUGUUAUUCCAGUCAAACCUAAAGGUUCUAUGUAGGAAACAUUUUACCAUA